CCACCCGGGCGCGCGCGCUGCCAUUGGUCUCUGUGCUCGGCACCCGCCAGCCAACCAGAAAGGAAGAAAGCGCGCGCGCCUUUCGCCAUCCUCACUCGUUAAUUUCCUUCGACCGCCCCUCUCGCGCCCGCGGGUGGGGCAUUCCCGUAUAAGACGUUGGAAAUAUGGCUGAAGUUAAGCAAAGAAGGAAAGCUAACCUUUCAGCUAAAUCAACUGAAGAUCAAGGGAAGACAGCACCUAUCUUGAGGACUACUGGUGAUGAAAAGUCCGGCUGGUGGGACCCACGAACGGCCUCGAGUUUACUGUCCCUUAUAGCUUGCGUAGGGCUGUCAUGGUUUCUUUUUCAGCAGUCAGCUCAGCUGGCUGAAGUGGAAGAGAAAUACUAUUUAUUAAAGCAGGAAGCUGCCAAGUUUCAAGAUACGGAAAAUAAGAUUAACUUAAUAUCUGAAAAGUUUGAAUCUUCUUCGGGUAUCCUGCAGGAAGCCUCUUUCUUUCUCUCCAUGGUGACCAAGUUUGAACAAGAAGUAUCUAACCUCCGUAACAUAAUACGUGACAUUCAAAACAGUGAGCAGGCACUCUCUAAAAAGAUGCAGACCACUGAUGCAAAUUUUCAAAAUAUAAUUAAGUCCUGGGAAAAGAGCCAGACUGAACUGGAUACAAAUACUAGCAGUUUAAAAUCGGAAGCCAGGCUUUUACAUAUCGAAGUGACCUCUCAAAUCAACGCAGCAGAUCAAAAACUAAAAUCCCUUUCUGAAAGACUGAAAGAUCUUGAAGACAGUACUGUAAGAAACCUCAAAACAUUAAGUAGGCAAGAGGAAGAUGAACUGGCUAAAGUUGAGCAGCAGCUACAGUCUGAUACCAAGGCAGUUGGAAAAUUAGAAGAGCAGCAGAACAGUAUAUUAGCCAGAAAUAAUGAUCUAAGGCAAAAGCUUGCAGUCUAUGAACCCAAACUGGAAGAGUGCAAAACUCAUUUACCAGCAAUAGAGAAUGCGAUUCACUCUGUUGUUAGACUAUCAAGGGAUCUAACGGCUGUAGAGAAGAAAAUGGAAGACAUGACUAUAAAGGUGUUCAGUGUGGAAGAUGAAAUGAUGAAAGCUGUAUCUGAUAUAAUGGACAUACAAAAAACGCUUGAAGGCAUGCAGUAUGAUAACAGCCUACUAAAACUGCAGAAUGAAGUGCUUGUGUUAAAAGAGAAAGUCCAUGACUUUGCAGAAUCUACAACAGAAACAGAAAAAUAUAUAGAAAAGUACCACAGUGUGAAUGACGAGUGAACUAGUCAUAAUGAACAGUAUUGCUGAAGCAAUUGCAACUUCAAUUAGCUGGUUGGUAUUCACUGAAAUAAGCAAGGUUUUUCCCUUUACAUGAGAAGACUUUGAAAAGGUGAAAAUACGUUUGCAUUCCUAUGUGGGUUUUUUUUAUUGGAAUAUGUAUUUGCAUCCUACAUUGUAUUAGGAAGAUAUACAAUAUCUGUUAAGCUGUAUUAUUCAAGUUAAUGUAUUUAUGCUCAUUUCAGCUUAAAAGGUUGCUUUAACUGUUACAAAGUUUGAACACCAUGCUUUCAGAGAAAGCAGGUAUGGAUACAGAUAUUACAACUGGAUUAUCACAAAGCUAAAAGGUAUCUUGAUAAAUAAGGGCUUUAUGGAGUAAAGGCAGGGGAAACUAUAGAUAUUUAAUUGAUAGGUAUAUGGAAAGAAAUGUAAUAAAGCAAUUAAUAAAGGCAUAUUAAUUGUCAUAUGAAAGGUAUUCCCACUUCACCACUUGCAUAUGCUGCACAGAAUCAUGUAAGUCAGAAAAAAUAAUAAAAAGUUAUUUAGAAUGAGAUGGUACAAUUGGGUGUGAUUAGUAGGAGGAAGCAAUUUUCCUUGGACCUGACUUUGAAAAGCCAACAGUUAUUCACACAGACACAUUUGUUUUGCUUUAACAGUAAAAUGCAGCAACACCAUUUUUUCCGGAUAGUAGAGCCUAUUAAAGUACUAUAUGCUAGUUUUGUAUGCAUUCGCCUGUGUGCCAUUUUUCUAGAAUAUUGCCACCCAAAGUGUAUUUUAUUAGAAAGAACAUCAGUUGUAAUUAUAACAAACUAUUAAGGAGCCAACUUGUAAAGUGAGGGUGUAGAAAAUGUCUGAUUGCUCCUCCUGUUUUCACGUUUUUCUCCAUUUCCAUACACCUGAUUUUUCUAGAGCCUGAUACCAAUUAGAUAAGGAAGUAUUUGAUCUAUGACAGAUUACAAAAUUCUGGGGUUUUGUAAAAUCCAUAAGCAAAUUCUAGGAAGAGCUAAAAAUCAGUUACUAAGGAGUAAUCCGCAUUAUACACAAUAGAAUGGAAUGAAUUGGUGCUGUAAUAACACCUGCUGCUGUUUCAUAAAAACUUAAAUCCUGUUAAGAACUUUGCGAAAAAUGAAAAUUGAAAAAUGAAAAGCAUACACAAAUCUUGUGACUUGUGGUGGUUUUCCUGUAAUUUUCAGCCCUUUGUCUCCUUGUUUAACACUAUCCCCCAACUCUGAAACCAACAAAAAUUUAAAUAGAAAUGUGUAAAGCUUGUCUGUGGGCAUUACCUAUCCAAAAACUUCCCUACCUGUCCAAAGAAAAGCGCCCAGCUGGUGAAACAAAACUAUUUUCUUCUAUUUAUUCAUACAGCUAGAUGAGUUACGUAUCCAAUAAUCAGAUUCUGGUUUUACUAUAACUUUCAGAUUAGCAAGUUGUGACCUAUUGCAAUAUCAGUAGCAAUGCUGGUAACACUUUAAAUAACUUUUUUUGUAAUAACAUUGGAACUAAGAUGCUUCACAGGGUAAGCAUCAAAUAUCAUGCAACUAUAAAAAUAAAUUCACAUUUUAAUAAAUAACCUGGGCUGGAUAAUUUGGUACAAGAUUAGGGAAAGGUCCUACUUAUUUUAUGAUUUGUUUAUUUAUUGUUCCUUUUGCCUCUUCCAUGGUAAGACAACCACCUCUAAGGAUCUUGUUCAUCUUAUAAGUGUAAUAUGGGAAAACUGCUUGUUGAUGAGAAUCAAGAUUUACAAUUUUCCCCAUUGCUAGAAAACUAAAUACACCUCUGCACUCUAAUAUGCCUGUUUUUGGGACCUAACACCAUUGAUUAAUAAAUUAAUCAAAAACAUAUGUAUGAGUUGCACAUCCUUUCUCCCUUUAAAGUUUGAAGGAAACACUAAAGAAUAUAUUGUACAUUAAUAUUUUAAUUAAGUUUCUAGACAGCUGGUAUAAAAUUAAAAUGCAAUUUUCUCCUGAUUUUUUUUAAUUCUUAGUGU